AUGUACGACAUUCGGUCUUUUGAAACAGAUCUCUCCCGUAAGCGCAGUAAGCGCUGCGGUGGGAGCGUUAUGUUCUCUAUUUCCUCUGGACAUAUUCCUACAACCCCCUUCCUCCACUCCUUACGCAAGAUUCCAGGCCCUAAAUUAACUGCUAUUAGUACUUAUCUCGAACUUUACCAGGAAGUCAUUACAGAUGGUCAAUAUCUUUGGGAGGUCAAGAAGACGCACGAGAAAUAUGCUCUUCAUCAGCGACACCAAAACGAGCGCUUCCUCGUCGAGCAAAUCGUCUCUGGAAACGGCGACCCCAUCCUCUCAGUCGAGAAAGUUUACCUCUUCCUGAACCAGUCCUUACCAUACUUGUGCCUUGAAUAA